AUGCCACUUUUAAAGCUUUUAAUAUCAUUUAUAUCACUAUGUACGGCUGUGUUUUUAGUACCCGCUUACGCGAAUCCUCAGAGACGCAAGUUACCUUUUCCACAUUUAACGAAUUUUGACUUAUCAGAUAUAGGAAAACCUAUACACAUUUUUGAAGGUAUAGACUAUGAUCAGUUGCCAAAAAAUUUGAAAAACGAGUAUAGUGACUGCUACGCUGAUCAAAAAAGAUGUAAACGACUGAGAAACCAUUUGAAUCCUGUUUGCGGGUACGACCCAAUGUAUAGGAGCUUUGAAACCUAUCACAGUAUAUGUGAACUGGACCUUCAAAACUGCCAUAAAAUGAUAAAUGGUGGUUUAGGAAAGUAUGGGAAAAAUUUGUGGGACCGAUAUAUCUACUUUUUAGGUGAAGGAGCUUAUUGUGAACAUCUUGCAAGGAGCUUUAGAGGAAUGACGGACACAGAAAAUUCAACAAUUCUUGCUAUAUUGAAAAGCGUUACAAGUUAUGAA